AAGUUGAUUAACAAAGAUUACUUUUUUUUAAAUAUACUGUAGCAUUGCAACACAAAAAUAGGAUUGACAUUUCACUGUUGGGAUAAAAGACAGUAAAUGCUUCCAAAUUAGACACCAAUAUUAAUGGUCCAGUAUUUCAUUGUUAUGUUUCCAGGUGAGCACAUAAUAGUUUGAUUUGUAUUUAUUUGGUUUUGCACAACAUUUGUGGUAAAUGAUGUAUUAGAUGACUACAAAUAUGGCGGUGAUUUCCGAUUACAAACGGGUAACGUUUAACAUUCAGGAAAACGGAUGGAAAUGUAUUUAUUUAACAGUCACUGUGUCCAACUGCAUUUAUCAAAAAAGUCCUUAGCAACUGUAGUUUUUUUCAUUUACAAUUCUCAACUGGUCAAAAACUGUCAUCAGGCGACAUGGAAAUGAAUUCACAGAAUGUGAAGAAUGUCCGCGAAGAGGCGGGGGCCCACCAGGCAAGGCCUCCGAGCGAAGAGGCGGGGGCCGACCAAGAGCGGCGACGCCACGAAGAGCCGGGAGCCAACCAGGACCGGCCUCCCCGCGUGCAGGCGGGGGCCCUGCAGCAGCGGCCAUCCCGCGUGGAGGCGGGGGCCCUGCAAGAGUGGCCUCCCCACGUGCAGGCGGGGGCCCACCAGGAACGGCCUCCACAUGAAGGGACGGGGGCCCACCAGGAAUGGCCUCCUUGCGGAGAGGCGGGGGCCCACCAGGAAUGGCCUACACGUGAAGAGGCGGGGGCCCACCAGGAAUGGCCUACACGUGAAGAGGCGGGGGCUCACCAGGAAUGGCCUCAGCGCGCGGAGGCGGGGGCCCACCAGGAAUGGCCUCCACGCGGGGAGGCGGGGGCCAACCAGGAACGGCCUCCACGUGAAGAGGCGGGGGCCCUGCAAGAACACCCUCCCCGUGAGGACCAGGGGGGAAGAUAUAUCUUAACCCUGCAACUACAAUACGAGCCGAGGGGUCCAGGAGUGCCGGAUGGCAUCCGACCACCAAGGCCGGAGGACCUUCUCUGGCCUCUCCUGCUGGGGGCGGCCAUUAUCAUUUUUUGGCGUUUUCUGCGCCCCUCAUAGUUUUUCAUUUAUUUAUUCAAUUUAAUUAUUUUGACAUUUACUUUAAUUAAAUUUAUUCUUAUUUGAUACAUUC